AUGCAUUGCAAAGAUCACAAGAUUUGGUAUGAAGACUACAUGAAAGAAAAAGGUGCGGCUGCUGCAGUUGAUGAAACUCGUGAGAAAAUUGCCUUGAGAGAUAAGACCGUCUUUGUUGCCAAUCUCUCUCUCGCCAUUGGAAAAUCACAUAUCGUCAAUUUCUUCAAAGAUGUUGGACAAGUUGUUAGUGUUCGACUUAUUGUAGACCAAAAGGGUGAGCGUGUGGGCUGUGUCUUUGUUGAGUUUGCUUCUGCGUACGAAGCAACAAUGGCUGUGCAAGAGAAGAAUGGUGCUAAGCUUUUUGUUAGCGUGGCUGAGAUAGCUCGUCAGUACCCUUUCUGA